UCACCAAAAACAGCUACCUAGUUGUUUUGGGAGAAGAAGAAAAGGCUUAGAAGCGGAAGAAACACCGGAUUUGGUUUCGGAUAGUAUUCGGUCUAUGGUCCUGCCUUAGUUUUUAAAUUACAUUUUGAACAAUGUCGACCCCGGCAAGGAGACGGCUUAUGAGAGAUUUUAAAAGACUUCAAGAAGAUCCUCCCACUGGUGUGAGUGGAGCACCAUCAGAGAACAACAUCAUGCUUUGGAACGCAGUUAUUUUUGGGCCUGUGGGAACACCGUUUGAAGACGGGACGUUUAAGCUGCUGAUAGAGUUUUCAGAGGAGUACCCAAACAAGCCUCCCACAGUUCGGUUUGUCUCCAGAAUGUUUCACCCAAAUGUUUACGCAGAUGGCAGUAUAUGUUUAGACAUCCUUCAGAACCGCUGGAGCCCCACAUACGAUGUGUCGUCCAUACUCACCUCCAUCCAGUCGUUGCUGGAUGAGCCAAACCCCAAUAGCCCGGCCAACAGUCAGGCCGCACAGCUCUAUCAGGAAAACAAGAGGGAGUACGAGAAGAGGGUGACGGCCAUCGUGGAGCAGAGCUGGGUGGACGUGUGAGCUUCACUCGCUCGUCUCCACCACCCUCUCUCCAUCAUCCUUUAGUCUUUCAUUUUUACCUCAUCAAGAAAAAACAGCAACUAUAUCGGAAGUACUCAAGUGCCACCCUGAAAAAAGGAAUAAAAAAACAUCAAGAGAACAACCAAAUCAGAAUGGACAUUAUCUUGCUUGCCAAUACAUUUGAGGAUAAAUAGGGAGGGAAAAUCAAUCUUAUAUUUGUGUUUUUGUCCUUAAUUUUACUUUUUUUUUUUAUUGCAUGAUGUGAAAUAAGUUAUUGCUAACAUAAUUUGUAAUAUAUAUUCGUUGUUUGGUUGGAUUGAUGCUGUUGGUGUUUAAGUUUUACAAAUUUUAUUUUAUUUUUUUCUUAGGAAAUUUUUCCUUUUGUUCCUUUUUUUUUUUUUUUUGUAAUGUCUGCUGGUGUGCACACAACUUGACUGUUUGGAAAGGGCAGGUUGAUGACCAAAUCAGCAUAUUUUGAAGAAUAGCAACCCAGAAUAUGCCUUUCAGAGUCAGUAUCAUUGUUAUUCUCCAAAGUCCGCCACAGAUGCAGCUUAUAAAUAACUAUCCCUGAUCUGUUCCAGCAUAUCUCUGUUAUUUUAAGAGACACUGAAGGUUUGGGCUUACAGACGUCACAGGCUGCAACAGCGCCAAGUCUCCCUUGCACUGAUGAUUCAUGACUCCCUGGCGAAGCAGCUCUGAGCUUUUAUUCCAUCACUUAGGCUCCAAGGUAGAAGAGUAUGUUUGAGAGGGAGUGUUAUGGCAAAGUAAAUAUUAACACCAGGAUGGGACAGGAUAAACUUGGACCGUGGAUCCCAAAGUGAAGAACAGGGUUAGUUGAAGAGGAUGUAGGAAUUCCGGCUGAGCCAAGGAAAUCCUGUAUUCAUUAUCACCACAAUCAUUUAAUUUUCCUUAAGUCAGCUAAGUGAGUCAGUCUUCCCACUGCUGUCCUUUGUCCCCGUGUCUUUCUUUAUGAAAUGUUAUCAAAAUGUACGUAGAGCAUCGGAGCCCCUGAGCUCAGGAGUUUAACAGUACUUGUACUUUUUAAGUUUUUCUCGAAUGGUGGUGCUAUAUCAUUUCUAUUACGGUGCAUUCAUGGCUAACAGGGCUUAAACGACAGUGGUAGCAAGCUGUUAAUGUUACAGGCAACUAGAGUCAGGAUGAAGUUGGUAAAAAAUGGGAACAUUAUUUACUUCUACAAUAUGUUCUCUGUUCUAUUCUGCGGGUUUUCUGUAAUACACAUUUUGUUAGUUUUCAUAGUUCAUAAUUUAACUCCGAAGAUAGAAGUUGAACUGUUCUCAGCUCCCUCUGCUGACAGCUCAUCUUAGAUUUGCGCCCACACGGUUUUCCAGUUUCACCCGCCACAGAAAGUGAAUGACUUUCAGAUGCUUUGUUGCCUGUGACGCCGUAAACGAAGAGUCCGUGCUUUUGAUCCUUCUCUUGAAAUGACACAGGUGACAUAUAAAUGAACUAACAAAUGAGCAGAGGAUAUAAGCAGUGCAGUGCAGUCAUUUUUUUUUUUUUUGCUCUAAAUGAAACCUUAGCAGAAAUGAACUUGCAUGCAGUUUCAAGAGUGUGAAAUCACCUGUUUUGUUUGUUUCUGAUACCCAGUUAAAAGAUCACUUGAGUACAGUCAUCACUAAACCCUGCCCAAUUCUAGCUAAAUAAUCCACGGAAAAACAAUCAUAAAACAAAGUGUACUCUUUUCUGAGACAGUAAAGUUCAUAUUGUGGCUAGUGAUUUAUUUCACUUUAAAAGCAGAAGGGAUAUGUUAUAAAGAUUUUGUGAAUUAAACAAAAUGUAUACUUAUAAGAAUAUGCUGUAUAAACAUAAUUAAAACAUUUUUCAGAGUU